AUGACGUCAUGGGUGGUUAUAAGGAUGCAAGAACUACAGGAAGAGACUAUACAGUUUCGUAGAAGUCUUGAGGAAUUAUCUACUGGUUGCUGUACAAGAGAAGGUGUUCUGGUCAUAGACAAUGACAUCAGCCAAAGUGAACUUAUCAACGACACAGUUUUAUUUUAUAACUCUUCGUACGAUGAUGGCGAGGCGCCUGUGAUGAAAUCCAACAAUAGUACUAAUGGAAUAUCUUCAGAUGAGGAAAUGAACAUUCUCGACGGGCCUGGAACUCUGUAUACUCGGUGGGGUAGAAAAACGUGUCCUUUAAGUGCUGAAUUGGUGUAUGACGGUGUCAUGGGCGGGGCAUAUUAUAGUCAUACUGGCGGCGGUGCAAACUAUCAGUGUCUGACAUUAAAUCCGAAAUGGGAUGAACCCAUGAGUGGCUACGAAGAUUACAGUGGAAAGAUGUAUGGAACUGAAUUUGAAACUAUACACUUUAAUCCUUUAUCUCACCUGCAAGACUAUGAAGCUGUAUGUGCCGUGUGUUUGGUUAAUUCUCGUAGCAGAGUACUAAUGAUUCCAGGUACCAAUGAAUGUCCAUCAGAAGAAUGGACCAGGGAAUACUACGGUUAUUUGAUGACACAAAGAUACGAACUUGAGCGCACCGAAUUCAUCUGUGUUGAUCGUAACGCUGAAGCACGGUAUGCGAGUGAAGAUAAUGAUCAGGGAGCUCUGUUACACCCUGUUGAAGGCAUUUGUGGAUCUCUACCUUGUGGUCCAUAUAUUGACGGAUAUGAACUUACAUGUGUCGUGUGUACAAUAUAA